UCGGGAAGAUGGCGUGGCGAGGCUGGGCACCCAGAGGCUGGGGCUGCGGCCGGGCGUGGGCUCGGCCCGCGGGCGUCCGGAGCUGCGAGGAGCUCCCCGCCGCCCUGGCCCCGCCGCGGCUGCUCGGACGCAGGUUUAACUUAUUUAUUCAGCAAAAAUACGGAUUCAGAAAAGCACCGAGGAAGGUAGAGCCUCGAAGACCAGAUGCCAGCGGUGAAGCAUACAAGAGAAGUGCAUUGAUUCCGCCUAUAGAAGAAACAGUCUUUUACUCUUCUCCCUACUCUGUCAGGACUCUCGUGAAGCCCUUCUUCUUCACUGUCGGGUUUACAGGCUGUGCUUUUGGAUCAGCUGCUAUUUGGCAAUAUGAAUCACUGAAAUCCAGGGUCCAGAGUUAUUUUGAUGGUCUUAAAGCUGACUGGUUGGACAGCAUAAGACCACAAAAAGAAGGCGACAUCAGAAAGGAGAUUAACAAGUGGUGGAAUAACUUAAGUGAUGGCCAACGGACUGUGACAGGGAUCAUAGCUACAAAUGUGCUUGUAUUCUGCUUAUGGAGAGUGCCGUCACUACAGCGAACGAUGGUCAGAUAUUUUACAUCUAAUCCAGCGUCAAAAGUCCUUUGUUCUCCAAUGUUGCUGUCAACAUUCAGUCAUUUCUCCUUAUUUCACAUGACGGCAAAUAUGUAUGUUCUGUGGAGCUUCUCCUCCAGCAUAGUGAACAUUCUGGGUCAGGAGCAGUUCAUGGCCGUGUACCUCUCUGCAGGUGUUAUUUCCAAUUUUGUCAGUUAUGUGGGUAAAGUUGCCACAGGAAGAUAUGGACCUUCACUUGGUGCAUCAGGGGCAAUCAUGACUGUGCUUGCGGCGGUCUGCACGAAGAUCCCUGAAGGGAGGCUCGCUAUCAUCUUCCUCCCCAUGUUCACCUUCACGGCAGGGAACGCCCUCAAAGCCAUCAUUGCCAUGGACACUGCGGGAAUGAUCCUGGGAUGGAAGUUUUUUGACCACGCAGCACAUCUUGGGGGUGCUCUCUUUGGAAUAUGGUAUGUUACUUACGGUCAUGAACUUAUUUGGAAGAACAGGGAGCCUCUGGUGAAAAUCUGGCAUGAAAUGAGGACUAAUGACCCCAAGAAAGGAGGUGGCUCUAAGUAAACUGGGGCUGGCCAGUACUGGUGCAUCUGAUCUGUGCUGCGUGGAGCCACUGAAAUCCAUCAGCCCUAAAGGGCCCAUGGCAGUGUCCCUGCCUGCAAAACAUGUCUUCUUGGAGAGCAAGUUAUGACGGAGUUAUGAAAUAAAGGUUUAUAUCUAGUUUUUAAA